CGUAGUGACGUCACAGCCAAAACAACCAGCUGCUGUUGUUGCUGCUACCAGCCAACUAUAUUCAAUAUUUGCGGAUUUUCGCUUCAUACUGCAGUCAUCAUAAUGUCUCAGGAUCCCUGGUUGCAGAAUUAUGACGCCACGUGUCGCCUGGGACAGGAGAUAGCAGAAAACAUCCAUGAAAGGAACAGGCAGCAGAGAACCGGGGGAAACCCUGCAAAGAUCAACAUGACUCUGCGGGCCUCGCUCCAGAAGCUGAAACAGAACAUUUCUCAGCUGAAGGAGGGCCUGCUGCGAACCUCCUCGUCCCGCCGCAUAAUGCAGUCAGAAGCUGACAGGAGACAGAACCUCAUCGACGACCUGCUGACCAGAGAGAAACAACUCAACGCCACUUUCAGAGGAGACGCCACAGAGCCCGAACCCACCAGGUCGUCGUUGAUGGGCGGGGGCGGAGCCAGUGGCGGCUCGGCGGCAAACCCGUGGCUGAUCAACGAAACGGACGAGACCAAGGGGCUGACGUUUGGAGAGAUCAAGCAGCAGCAGCAAAGAAUCAUCGAAGCCCAGGACGCGGGCUUGGACGCCCUCGCCGCCGUCAUCGGCCGACAGAAGAUCAUGGGCCAGGAGAUCGGCAAUGAGCUGGAGGAACAGAACGAAAUCAUCGACGACCUCGCACAAUUGGUGGACAAGACGGACGGCAGGAUUCGAAACGAGACGCGGAGGGUGAAGCUGGUGGAGACCAAGUCGGCCUCUUGUGGGAUGCUGGUGGUGAUCGUGCUGCUGCUCAUCGCCAUCGUGGUGGUCGGCGUGUGGCCGAUGUGAGCCAACCGCGGACUAAAGCACCGGAUCGGUGCAGAACACAAACUGGACUCUAACUUCCUCUCUGGUUGCUGGAGACCGACCUAAGAAAUGUGACAUGAAGACUUCCAGCAACACAGUUGUGUUUUUAUACGAUUUGUUUUUUUUUUCUUUCUGCUGGUUUAAAAUCGUCCCGAUUUAAUGAUUUAUUCAAAUUUGAAUCAGCUCUCUGUUACAUAAUGUGGCCCGUUUUAACUCAACGGUUGGACCGGUUCCCUGCCGUGCAGGCACAGGUCCGCCUGCGGUCACGCUGGCGUUUACGUCACGUACGCGGACUCUGCAAGCUCUGCAAUAUCCCCCGUCCGAACCCUCCGGUGCACUACUGUAGCAGCUGUGAUGUUAUAUUUUGGGGGGGGAUUUUAAAAUGUUUAUAGCCGUCUGGUAGCCAACACAAACAGCUCACCCGUGUUCCCAACACGGCUCUUUCCCUUACCCGUAAAUCAGCUCAGCUCGUGAUUUCUAAUAAAUGACAUUUCCAGUUAAUAGCCCCGAGAUUCCUGUCCGUCUGCAUUCACGCCGGCGGCUACUCACGCCUCUCUCUGGAGUGAUUUGGUAACGCGACACCGAGCUCGGGUGGACAUCUGACGAGCGGUUCAAGCGCACGAGUAGCGCCUUCAAACUUUCCAUUAUGAAAUCCCUGCGAUAUUUGUCCUGCUUCAACCGGAGGAGCGGAGCUUGAAGAAACAUCACUGAAGGCGACGGAGGCGAAGGACUUUUCACUGUAACAAGAGUUUAUUUCAACUGAAAAAUCUGAAUUUAGUUCUACCAAGUUGGUGUGUUCAGUAGUUAUUGUUUCCUUCUUUAAUGUCAAUGAUCUAAACAACCACAAACAAGUAAAAAAAAAAAAAAAAAAAAAAUGUUGAAAAGACAAUAAAAUCCACAAUGUCUUGUGUCAUUAAAUAUAUUCAUAUAUAAUAACCAUAAUAUAUUAGUAGGCAUUGUAAAACAUCGCUAGGAGUCUCUGCAAUGGUGACGACAACAUUUACAAUUCAUGACAUGAACACAAAGCAACACUUCCAUGUGUGUCUAUGGCGUUUCGUCCGGACGCUCGUCGAACCAUCGCUCCAAAGGACUGAUGGGAAAUUUACAGCGUGAGGCGACAGAGAUGAGGGAGGAGUGACUGCAGGUCACAGAUGUGCCGGAUGGAGGGAAGGAAAGGCUGAACGAGGAAAGGCAGAAACGUGGAUCAGCGUGUCGUCGUCGUCCUCGGCGCUGGAGGAGCCGCCGGCAGGUACCGUUGGGACCAAAUCACAAUCAUUUAACUGUUUAUUAUAGAAAAAAAAAAAAUCAAAGCUUGAAAGUAAAUAUGGCGCUACAGCAGAUCAGCCACCUGUAAUUUGUCUCCUACAGUUGAACUUAAGGUGGAUUGAUCUUUCAUGGUUCAUGGAGUCAUUCUGGAGCAUCAAAGUGGUCAUGUUAUGCUUUUCUGACUUGUUUACAGUCUCAUAAUGAUAUAUUAUCAUCUCUGAUGUGACAGCAAGCUAAAAAAAACAAGGUAAAUGUACGUUCUAGCGUUACAAGGCUCAAAGUAAUCUGAUCUCAGUGUGGUGAAGAUGAGGUUUUUUUUAAAACCUUGGCUCUAUGUGAUGUCAUAGAGGGCAACAAUUGUUCCAGAUAGUGCACAUCCACACGCAGAUGCUACAAGGGUGAAUUUAUGAACCCACAGCACGGAUAGCUUGUAAGUUCAACAUUUUACUUCUGUUUCCAAGAUAUCCUUGAAGAAAUGUGUUUCUGGGUUGCAAGGGCGAGUUGGACUGCCGUGGCUCAGUGGGUCCGGACCAAGGGUGGACGUUUGGGGUACAUAGCUUUGACAUGGAGAUGUUAAAAGCUACAGGAGUUAUGUGUAUCAGCAAGCCUCCAGGAGCUAGACCAGGGGUCGGCAACCCAAAAUGUUGAAAGAGCCAUAUUGGACCAAAAACACAAAAAACAAAUAUGUCUGGAGCCGCAAAAAAUGAAAAGUCUUGUAUAACUUAGAAUGAAGGCAACACAUGCUGUAUGUUUCUAUAUUAGUUAGAACUGGGGGAAGAUUUUUAUUUUUAAUUAUGCACAAGUCAAAAUUUCGAGAAAAAAGUCAAAAUGUCAAGAAAAAAGUCAAAAUGUCGAGAUUAAUGUUGAAGUACAGUCUCGAGAAAAAAUUCGAAAUGAUGAGAAAAAAGUCGAAAUUUCGAGAAAAAAAGUCAAAAUGUCGAGAUAAAAAGUCGAAAUGUCAAUGUUGAGAAAAAAUUCAAAAUUUCCUGAAAAAAGUCGAAAUGUUGAGAAAAAAGUCGAAAUGUUGAGAAAAAAAUUCGAAAUGUCGAGAAAAAAAGUCACAAUGUCGAGAAAAAAGUCAAAAUGUUGAGAAAAAAAGUCAAAAUGUCGUGAAAAAAGUUGAAAUGUUGAGAUUAAAAAAGAAAGGAAAAAAAAGGUCAAACAUUUUUGAAAAAGCUCCAGGAGCCACUAGGGAGGCGCUAAAGAGCCGCAUGCGGCUCUAGAGCCGCGGGUUGCCGACCCCUGAGCUAGACCAAUCAGAAAACACUUAGGAGGUUCUAGUUACUCCGGUACCUCCGGUUCAAAUUAAACGACUAAAUAUGAGCAUAAUAUGACCACUUUAAGGUCCCUGGAGAAGCACGUUCAGGGUCAAGACACUGGAAUAAUGCGUUAUCAACCUUGUCCUUAAAUUAGCUUAAAAACCUUUAUUUUUUUAAUUACAUGAACAGGUUUUACUGCUGCUCAUUGCCACAUGAUUAUAUUUUCUUUUCUGUUGAGAUUGGAUUAAAAAAAGUAAACAAAGUAAGUUUUUUCAUUUGU